GACGCGAUGCUCAAGCGGAUCCUCACGGAGAGUCUGGCCGAUGUGAGGAAGGACUUGGGGGACGGCGACGCGCGCGCGGCCUUGGCGAAGCUCCUGUCGCCGACCCCCCGCUUGGAGGGGGUUUCCUACUUCUGCAAGACGCCGGUGGGGAUUUCCAGGGUGAAGGCGAAGAAAGGCAAACCAGGGCUCGUUUUCCAGAAGAAGAAAAAGGCCGUCAAGGCCACUGAGUGA